AUGGAAUGUCAUGCCAUCGUACUUCUGAUGACCCUCUUCUCCAUAGUUUCCGGGAAACUGUACCAGAGAAAUUGUUCCGCAAAUACGGACGGUCGAACGUUGUCGUGCUAUACGUGUAUGGGUCGUGACAUGGAGAACUGUAUGCAUGGUUUAACGUGUUGUGGUGGAUCCUGUUUCAAAUUGAUUGAUGAAGAACAUGAUAUGGUCGUGAAAGGUUGCACAAAUGACGAUGAGGAAGACGCUUCGAUGAAAAUUCGUACUCUCGAUAUGACCCUUUAUUGGUCCAAUAACGAAAAAGUCAAAGGACAAUCGUUUUUCUGUCAAGGAACGGACUUCUGCAAUGAUUCGCCUGUGAUUUCGUUUAUCUCUUCAAUUAUUAUUGUACCUCUUCUACGAUUUCUGGUCUAA